GCGCGCUUGCCCAAAGCUCAACCAUGAUAUAUUAAAAAGGAGAUGUAUCAGGUCGUUAAAGGGAGAGAUAUUCAGACCAUAGGGAGAACGGGUGAAUUGGAACGCGUUAGGAGGGAUGCGACGAGUUAUUAUCAUGCUCAAUGGGUUAGAGAUAGCUGCGGUAGAAGCUGAGCCGGUGGUCGAAAUCAUCUGGGAUCAACUUCGGGGCCGUGGGCCGCAUGUCAACUUCAUCUUGGAAAACGACGGACGUGAUAGGGUGAACGCGACUACUCGGUUAGGGACGGUCGGAAGAAGGAUUAUCCGUGACACCGUGAUAGAGGAGGUUGCUGGAAGCUCCGUACCCCAGGCAGAGCCUGAGGACGGAGAACCAGAGAAAGUCUAUGGGAAGCCUAGGGAAGAGGAGCCUGCGGACAAGGUUACCGCUGCCAAGAAAACAUUUCGGUGUCAAAUCUCGAUCUUAACCUUGCCCGAAAUCGACGACACCCUUAGCAAUUUACUAGGAACCAUGGUGUCGGUGUUGUUUCAGACCAUGCUGCAGGCUAGCCCUAGGUUGCUCAAAGGGUUUAGACAACUGUUGACUCGGCGACGAGUAGAGAUAGACGAAAACCCCGAAUUACCAGAAGAAGGAAGGAAGGAGGAAGCUCUGCAAGAGCUUGCUAACCUUCAAAGAAGUCGCAGGGAUUUCGAGGAUCUUGAGAAAUCCUUGGCAGACAUCCGUUUAAGCUUGCCAGACCGAGAAGGUGGCGAAGUCAUGAGGGCACCUCCUGGGACAAAGCUCAGUUUCCGUGCGCUACCCGUAGGAAAAUUGAAGAUUCAGCUCGGAACUCAUCAUACCGACGCAUUAGUAGACGGGGGAGCAGAAAUCACUCUCAUAAGGACAAAUUUCGCAACAAUCACAGGCUGUACGGUAAAUAAGGAAGUAUCGGGGAGCAUUCGGGGAGCCGGUGGGGAAAUUCUGUUCGCAGAGUAUGUCAUGAAAUGUGCAAUCAAGGCAGGAAUCAGAGAGUCAAUCUGGUCGUUUCAGCGAAUGACCGUAAUGGAGGAAAUGGAUUACGACAUUAUCCUCGGGAGGCCAUGGUGCGCAAACGUAGAAAUGAUAGACAUGCACUUGCAUGAUGGCACGUACAUGGUAGAUAUAGAGGACCCAGUGACCGACCGGGGUGAGAUUCUCCGACUCCUCGGGACGGGAGGAGACCCUCCGAAGGGGAAGUUGGCAACGUGGUCGCCGUCGUUCGAGGAUAGCGCACGAAAAGGGGCUUUCGCGUGGAUGGAGGGCAUGAUAGAAAGGGUAGAAAUUAUGAUUGAGGAGGCAUUCAACAAGAAGGAAUGAAUCAAGAUGGGCCUUCCCCAGAAGAAGAGGAGGCAGAAGGACAAAAUCUUGGGCGUUAUGGUAGCAAAAAAGGAAUCAG